AUGUGUCAUUCAUGUGAAUAUAAAGGUAUUGGACAUUUUCAAGUGAAUGAACAAGGUGCCGGUUGCCUAAUAACAAAUUCAAACUCCAGUGAAGAACACUGCCCCGAAGAUGAGACGCCCAGAGACGAUGUUUUUACUUGCAAUAUGUGCGGAAAAAUGUUUUUAUUCAAAUGUUGGUUAUCGAGACACAUUGCAUCCCAUAUGAUACCCAUUUACACAUGUGAAAAAUUCGACAAGGUAUUCAACAGGCGAGAUAUCCUUAAUAGACACAUAAGAACAGUUCAUGAUAAAGUGAAGCAUGUCUGUGAUAUAUGUGGUGCUAAAUUUAGCACUACUCAUGCCAAAACCAGACACAUCAAUACAAAUCAUAGCGUAGAAGAUAAUGUUGUACAUUGUACAAAAUGUAAUUCGACGUUUACUAGCAAACAAUAUCUGAAAUAUCACGAUAACUUAGUGCACACUCACACAAAACCGUAUACAUGUAAAUUAUGCAAUCAAGGAUUUGCUACACCUUAUUUACUACACAUUCAUAAAAAAUCACAUGAAAAAAGAUGA